GUGUAACGUCUUUUAUAGGUUUAAUGUACAGUUAGUAAACGGCUAAGAGGACAUCUUCCCGCCCUGUGAUGGCCAAUGAGCGGCUCAGAGCUCUAGAGGAUGUGGAGAAGGAGAUAGCCAUGGUUCUACAGUGUGCUGGAACCAUCGUUCUGGAGCUCUCCAAAGACAAACACAAUGCCAGCCUCCUGGACAGACAGCUGGUCCAGUUUCAGGGCUCUGUUAACCGGGUCGAGAGCGAGCUGAGUGCCCAGAUCCGCUACCUGACACAGGUCGCCACAGGUCAGCCUCACGAAGGCUCCACCUACUCGGCCAGGAAGGACUGUCAGAUGGCUCUGAACCGAGCCGAGUACGCCAAAGUCAAACUGGGAGAACUGGGACGGACCUGUGAGCUGAUGCUGGAGCAGCCUCCGCAGACGUGAAGCUCAGUUUCAGCUCCACCUCCACGUGUUCGUGGAUGAUUUCUGUCAUUACAGACACUGAAACAGGAAGGAGAUGUUCUGGUUUCCUGCACCGUCAUGUUUGUUUUUUUGUUUCCACAUUUAGAAUCUUUAUCUAUCCGUCUAAUAAAAGUUUGGUUUAA